AUGCUUCUUCUCCGACUCGUUGUCCUCGGUCACCGCCGAGGGGACGUCCUCCGGCGGCUUCUCUUUCUGAUUCCGGCCAUCCUCCCAUCAACUUUUAUAUUUGCACUUGAGUCAGUUUCUCUCAAACAAAACCCCUACGACUUCCCUAUGGACCUAGAGACACUAGCAUCCCAUCUAGAAGCUUCGAGAACACUCGGAGGCCGUGGCCGGCUCGCCGUCACCGGAACCUUAGACGCAACCCUCCGCGGCCUCUCCCCCUCCUCUCCUCUCCUGCUUCCCCACCUUCGACUCCUCCGAAACCUCUGCGCCGGCGAACCCGCAAACCAGGACGCCUUCCUUCGAUUCGACGGCCCCGACCGGAUCUUGCCCAUCGUCCUUUCAUCUCCUCCGGACGGCGUUCGGGUCGGGCUGCAAGUGCUUUGUAACGUCGCGUUGGCCGGCGAGGAGCACCGAGCCAAGGUCUGGGCACGGCUUUUCCCGGUGGGGUUCCUGGAGCUUGCUCGGAUCUGUGAUCGAGGGAUUUUGGAUCCCCUUUGUAUGCUAUUGGACACUUGCUGCUCAGCCGAUGGUGGCAGGAGGAGACUGGGAGAGCUAUGCGAGGAUGAGAAGGGGCUUCCCAUACUCAUCGAGAUCAUCACUACGGCUUGCACAGCAAAGUUCUGUGCUUUCUCAUAUGACAUUAGUUUUACUAAGAGCAAUCUAAGUUUGACUGCAGUUGGAUAUCAAGAAGAGUGGCUGGAAUGGCUUCUUUCUAAAGUUUGCAUUGAGGAACAAUAUUUCUUUAUGUUGUUCCAAAAGCUUGGCCAGUUUAGUGAUUCCAAUAGCUGCAAUGACAUCAGAGAUGAACACACUGUAUUUUCCGGAGAACAAGCAUUUCUUUUGCGCCUUAUGUCAAAUUGCUUGAGUGAGAGGCCAAAUGACUUCACAAUAUCAGACAGUUUCGCUCUUAGUGUUUUAAGAGUUCUGAAGGAAGCUUCUUGUGCUGUGAAUUUUAAUCACCGAGGAAACUCUCCUCUACCAACAGGUUCUCCAGCAAUUGAUGUUCUUGGAUAUGCACUUAAUAUUUUGAGAGAUAUAUGUGCAUCAGAUGAUCCUCUAUCGGCGCCAAAAGCUUCCGUUGAUUCAUUGAUCUCUUCGGGGUUGCUACAGCUUCUCUUAUGCUUUCUUUCUGAACUUGAACCUCCGUCUACCAUAAAAAAAUCAAUGGCUAAUGGAACCAGCCAGAUGCCCACCAUGGCUGAUGCAUUGAAGGUCUGCCCUUAUAAAGGUUUCCGAAGGGAUGUUGUUUCUGUGAUAAGCAACUGUUUGUACAGAAGGAAACAAGUUCAAGAUGAGAUCAGGCGGAAGAAUGGCAUUCCGUUGUUGUUACAGCAGUGUGUCGUUGAUGAAGACAAUCCAUUCUUGAGAGAGUGGGGACUAAUGGCAGUAAGGAAUCUACUGGAAGGAAAUACAGAAAAUCAGCGUGAAGUAGCUCAACUUGAGCUUCAGGGAACUGUUAACACAACCGAAAUUGCUGAAUUAGGGCUAAGGGUGGAGGCGAUAGGAGCUGUUGUUGGAGCCUGA